AUAUUGUUGGUAGACAUUGAUCUAUGUAUGUUAGAUUAUCUCUAUUCGUACAAUUAUUAGCACUUAAGCUUUGUAAUUAUGUCCAUUAGAUUGUGCAGCUCAAGUGGCUCUAGAAAUACAGGUUGCUUAGCUCUUCUGUUUGAAACAACACCAAUAGAAAGCUUUUACAAGGUUUGUUUAAAUAAAGAAAUAUUGUAUCUAUGUCCACAUAUAAGAGGUGAAUGAGACUGUUGUUGAAGUAUUGAUAUAUUAGAGGAGAGCUCAAAGUAUUUCCUACAAGAAAACUUUCAAUCACAACAUGCCAAAAUAUAAAGUAAAAACUGCAAAUGUAUGGUCAGUCUUGCAGAACCAACUAUCUCAGAAAUGUCAAAAUGAGUGUUUAAUAAGAAAAUAUAAAAAAAGUAAUAUUUCAAUGUGGAAAAAAGGAGUACAGGUGGGGCUGAAAGAAGCCACUGACUAUUAUUGUUAAGGACAUGAUGUUGUCAUGUAUUCUGCUCAUGGAUAUUGGUAUGUGCUAUUAUCUUAAAAAUCCAAAUUUUUCAACUGAUGGAGAUGACUUUUGCAAUUUGGGUAAGCUGAGAAUACACCCAGAAUUGAAUUGGGUAAAGUUGGUGAAACUGGGAAUGAUAAUUUUGACAUUGACAGUCUCAUUGCCAUCUCUGAGACCACCAGAAUGCCCAGAGAAUUCCAACUAUUGCAAGAAAGCCUCCACAUUCCAAGUUGGGAUGUUUUAUUUUGCAUUGUACGUGCUUGCUCUGGGUACUGGUGGUACAAAGCCCAAUAUAUCCACCAUUGGAGCAGACCAAUUCGAUGAAUUUGACCCAAAAGAGAGGGUUCAGAAGGUCUCCUUCUUCAAUUGGUGGAUGUUCAGUGCCUUUUUGGGAACACUGUUUGCACAGACAUUUCUCAUAUAUAUUCAAGACAACGUGGGAUUUUCUGUGGGAUAUGCGAUCCCCACUGCUGGACUGAUCAUAUCCGUUGUGAUAUUUCUAGUGGGGACUCCGUUUUACAGGCACAAAAUUCAGAACGGGAAUCCAUUUGGUCGGAUUGCACAAGUGAUUGUAGCUGCAGGUCGGAAAUGGAGGGUUAAAGUUCCUGCAGAUCCAAGUGAGCUCCAUGAAUUGGACCCCAAAGUGUACGUUGAAAAAGGCAGAUUCCCCAUCUCUCACACUCUCAACUUGAGAUUUCUAGACAAAGCAGCCACAAAAGUCAAUACAAGAAGCAGUACAUGGAACCUGUGCCCUGUGACUCAAGUAGAGGAGGCCAAGUUGAUGAUAAAAAUGCUGCCAAUAUGGGUGGCCAUGUUCAUGCCAAGCACCAUGAUAGCCCAGCUAAACACACUGUUUGUGAAGCAGGGAACUAGAUUGAGGAGGGACAUGGGUCCUCACUUUGAUAUUCCUCCAGCCUGCCUCACUUCAUUUGUCACCAUGUCAAUGCUGGUCUCCAUUGUUGUCUAUGACAGAUUCCUGGUAAAGAUCUUUAGAAAAUAUACAGGGAACCCAAGAGGCAUAACAAUCUUACAGAGACUAGGAAUUGGGCUGGUUAUCCAUGUAAUAAUCAUGGUGGUUGCCUCAGUAACUGAGAUGAAAAGGAUCAAUGUUGUCAAAGAGCAUCAGCUUGAAGGAGACUCAAAAGCAAUAGCACCCCUCACAAUAUUCAUUCUUCUUCCUCAGUUUAUACUCAUGGGAAUAGCAGAUUGCUUUGUUGAAGUGGGGAAGUUGGAAUUUUUUUAUGAUCAGGCCCCUGAGAGCAUGCAGAGCAUAGGAACUGCACUAUUUGCAAGCACACUGGGAGUUGGGAAUUUUAUUAGCAGCUUUCUUCUGACCACUGUGAGCAAAAUCACAGGAAGACACGGGCACACCAGUUGGGUUCUCAAUAAUCUGAAUGCAUCUCGACUGUACUACUACUAUGCCCUCUUAGCUGUUCUUAAUUUCCUUAAUGUGAUUUUCUUUUUGGUUGUAUCUCGCUAUUAUGUUUAUAAGAGAGAGACCAAUGAAGCUUUUAGCAGCAGCCAGAGCCAUGGUGGAAUGAUAGAGUGUGUUGCAGGGAAUGGGAAAACCAAUCUGGAUGAAAACUUACAACACAAUUAGGAUGUGAGUAGGAUAGUGAAAUCUCCUCUUGAGCAUGGGUAAUUAUCAUGCAGCUGCAUGAAUUGUCAGAAAUUUUUCAUAAAUGACAGUGGGGUCAGAAGCUCUUCAAGUUGUAAUCGCUAAAACUUAAAUAAAAUUUGUAUUUCAAUAGUAUUAUUAAUAUUUU